AGCCUGGAAAGAGAGAGAAUAAAUGGAUGAAGCAUGGUGGAAGCACACACAGAUGAGGAACAAAACUGCAUCCAGGACCCUGUUAGCAACUACACAGCCCAGCUUACCCCUAGAGCUACUGGGCAUUUGGUUGUGUGCAGAUGUACCUGCUCCUGCUCUAACAUGGCCAAGGUGCCAACAGUGAAUUUUAUUUUGCUUUAAGUUGUUGGGAAGUAAAAUUAUUAGACACUUCAGGAACUAGAUCCUAAUCCUGGUGGUUAAAUCUAGCCUAGUGUAUGAUUUCUGAAUAUAACAUGUAUUAUGUGGGUUAUUGGUAAGGUCCUAUGUUGUCCUAAGGUGAUUCUUUUCACAAGAGUUUUUGAUUUAAACCACCUUAUUUAUGAAAGGUAAGGAAAAACGUAAGAAACACAUAAGUAUCUGCUUUCACUGUCAGCCCUUUCCUUGGUGAGGCCAGGUGGUUAUUUUCUUGCCAAUGAUACAACAGAACUGGGACUUUAGUAGGGGAAGAAGCACCUCCAGAGUCUAGUCUGGGGCACCAGAAGGCAGACCCAGACAGGGUGCAGGUGCAGGCAAGAUGAGCAGCUGGAGGCACAGGGCAUUGAAGAACUAGACACUGAACUUGGUGUGAUGGAAACUGCAGGACAGAGGAGUUAAUCACACCCUUCCUGGUCUCUGUCCCUUACAGGUGACUUUGCAGCCUCAUGCCUUGGCUUCUGACUGAGGGAAAGCAUAUUGUCAAAGUCUGUCUCUGGGGCUCCACGACCCCACUGCUUGGGGAGAUCAUCCCGGUUUUAUGGUUUCUUUCCUCAGGCAAUGCAGGGGAAUAAGGUGAAUUAUCUUCUGCCUAAAAGGGACCUGGAUUGCAGCAUCACAAGGGGAAGAGAUGGGCCUGGGAUUUCGGCUUUAACAAGUUUUGAGACAAAUGUGGCCACACACUGCUUGCCCAAGGCAACUGUUCCAGCGUGUCUGCGGGACAACAUGAGCCAUGGUGGAAGGCCUGUUUAGGAUGUGAUUCAAAAGAUUGAAAACCUAGAAUGGCAGGAGAACAGAAACCGUCCUGCAAUCUUCUAGAGCAGUUUAUUUUACUAGCCAAAGGUACAAGUGGCUCAGCUCUUACUGCUCUUAUAAAUCAAGUGCUGGAGGCUCCUGGUGUUUAUGUCUUUGGAGAGCUGUUGGAGUUAACAAAUGUGCAAGAGCUUGCUGAAGGGUCUCAUGCUGCUUAUUUCCAGUUGUUGAACCUGUUUGCGUACGGAACGUACCCAGACUAUGUAGCAAACAAAGAUAACCUGCCUGAAUUAACAGUGACUCAGAAAAACAAGCUGAAACACUUGACAAUUGUAAGCCUGGCUUCCAGGAUGAAGUGCAUUCCCUAUUCUGUGUUGCUGAAGGACCUGGAUAUGAGGAAUCUGAGGGAGUUGGAAGAUCUGAUUAUUGAAGCGGUUUAUACAGAUAUUAUCCAGGGGAAGUUGGAUCAACGAAACCAGGUGCUAGAAGUGGAUUUUUGUAUUGGCAGAGACAUUCAGAAGAAGGACAUCAGUAACAUUGUCAAAACACUCCAGGAAUGGUGUGAUGGUUGUGAAGCAGUUCUUUUAGGAAUUGAACAGCAAGUACUUAGAGCCAACCAAUACAAAGAGAACCAUCACCGAACUCAACAGCAGGUAGAGAUGGAGGAAGCCCAGUGGAGGAAGGAACCCGUGCUGUGGGGCUGCGCUUUUCCCCUCGGACUACGCUGCAGAGGAGGAGCGGAAAUCCAGACCGUACGCGACUCCAGGCUGUGAUCUCUGGGAUCUCUCCCAACCUGAUCUCAGGUUGUGCCUCACUUAGGUGGUCAAAUUUUGUGGAUUGAAUUCCUGAGAUUGAGUUCCCUCUGCUCUGUUGAGGAGAGGCCCUCUGUCACCAGGCAGAUGGUUUUAUUCCAGCUCUGGCUUCGCAGCAAGAUGCCAAAACUGGAAGGGGAAUUGGCCCCACCUUGGUCCCAGCCUGGUAACUCUGUUGUGGUCACUACUCUGGCUUCAUGCUCAAGGACCAGGACCCUGAGGGGCACCCGCAGUACCAUCCCAUUUUGCCACUGUUCAGACCUGGUGUGCAAGGUCUGCACAGUAAGUGAUUCCUUGUUGUCCCUUAGGUUUGCUGGGUGACAGCGGACAGUCCCCUCUGAUGGGCAGCUCUUUAGGAGCUCCCAGUACAGCCCCUCCUUCCCUCUAAAGGUGUGCAGAGCCAGUAGGGUGACCUUCACCGGGGUUGUAUUUGCCUCACAGAGCCCUGACAGUGGGUUGUCCUUACCCACGGACAUCCCCGGAGGGCUCUAGCAGACCCUGAGGCAGGGCACGAGCUGCCAGCUGCCUGUCCUGCCUCCCUCCCUCCCAGCCUGGCCUCCCAAGGUCUUGAUUUUGUUCUCCAUAGGCAACGUCUUACGUGGUCCGUGAGCUGCUGCUCCCCGCCCAGCUGGACUCUGUGGGCACCGCGAGGUGGGUACCUGUCUCUGACGGAGGCUUUUGCUCAUACAAGGCUACAGACGUCACGUGUGCGCUCCUGACCUGAUGAUUGAGCUGUCGGGAUGAAUCCUCUUGUUCUGUAAACCUAAUGUUCUCUAAUAGUUGGGGAGAGUCUGGCUGGAGGUUUCUAUGGUUUCCCGGUGGUUGCUAAGGGAAAGGAUCUCUCUGCCUCUAGGUCUUGGUGACUUUCUUUUUGCCCUGUCCUAGGCACCAGAGCCCAGCAGAACAUAAUGCUCGUUGUUUCCCAGCCCACUACAAUGGUCAGGGCAUAAUUUGUGACUCCCGUCACGGCUGGGCUGGGUGCCUGCCACUCUUUUUUUUCUAAGGCCUCUUUGAAGAAUGAGACCAAAGAGCCUCCAUGCAGGAGUUUGCGUGUUUGCUGCGCUCCCCGCCCCCUCGCUUGCUGUUUCCUUUAGAGCUCAGAGUCAUUUUAACGAUUUAUUUCAUGCACUUUACAUAGCAAGAAGCUGUAACAACAGCUGUGUCCAUGAAUCCUUACCAGGCAGCCCUCAGUAUAUUUUAGUCUAUGUAUUGUCCCAGGCACAGUUAAAUAAAUCUCUGCUGGAGGAAGGGACUUUACAGCUUCGCGGCAAAGGUUUGGCGAAUGGGAAUAUCAACAAGAUACUUAGUGAGCUGCUGGAUCCUGGAAUAACAGCGCCUCCGGCAUAAAGCUCCGCUCCCACGAGCGCGGCCGGGGGCCGGAUCCAGCGCGGUCUCUUUGUUGCUCUCAGCAGGGACUGCAUCUCUGUCCGGCGCCCGGUGACAAAGCUAUAGUUACGGAAUGAAAUUCGGACCCAAACCCAGAGACUGGCAAGCGGGUAAAACGCGUCUAGGCCAAACGCUGCUCUUGUCGUGCUGCUGCCAACCCGGGUCUAGGCUGCUGAAGGAGGGGUGGGCUUAUUUCCAGGGGUGCCGCUCAGGAUCUGGGCGACAGACGAGUCGCCCGAGGCCGCGUGCUCUCACAGGGAGCUCGGCUGGGUUCUGCAGAGCCUUGCAGCUGCAUGCAGCGCCGGGCAGGAUUCGGUCCAUCAGAGCGUCACAGGAUUGGGCGCAAGUUUACUUUUGCAUAGGGGAUCAAAGCUGAAUAAAUCAGCUGGCCUUUC